CCCUGCUGUUAUUCAUAACCUGUACAUUUAGAAAUUCAUCGUCAAGCCGGAAAACUCCAUUAUUUAUGGAUAAUAAUAACAGCUUAGAACAAACUCUGCUCAACACAGAAACAGAACAACAACAACAAAGAGGGGAUUAUUUAAAAACCCGACUUUACGAAGAAUCCAAGAAAAUAUGGAGGGUUGCAUUGCCAAGUGUCGUUUCGAGAGUCUCUUCGUUCGGGACCAUCAUCGUCACGCAAUCGUUUAUCGGACAUAUAAGUUCUACUGAUCUCGCCGGAUACGCACUCGUUCAGACCUUAUCCGUUCGGUUUGUCAACGGAAUAGUGAUCGGGAUGUCGAGUGCAACGGAAACGCUUUGCAGGCAAGCCUUCGGAGCAAAACAAGACCAUAUGAUGGGUGUUUUCUUGCAAAGAUCGUGGAUAGUUGACUUAACAACCUUAACAAUAUUACUCCCUGUAUUUAUAUUCGCCACUCCGAUUUUCAACCUCCUAGGCCAAGAAGAGGCCGUUGCGAAAUCGACGGGAGUUAUUUCUCUAUGGUUCAUUUUGUUUCUGUAUAGUAUUGUUUUCACAAUGACGAUUCAAAUGUACCUGCAAGCGCAGCAGAAGAACAAGGUUAUUGCGUGGCUGUCGGUUGUGCAAUUCGGGGUCCACGUUCUUUUGUCUUGGCUUUUCGUUUACGUUUUGGAUUGUGGGGUCCACGGGGCGAUGGGGGCGUUGUGCUUGUCUUCUUGGUUUGUUGUGUGUGGGGAAUUUGUUUACGUUUUCGGGGGCUGGUGCCCCCAUUCGUGGACGGGGUUCUCUUUGGAUGCGGUUAAGGAUAUUUUGCCUGUCGUGAAGCUCUCGGUAUCUUCCGGUGUGAUGGUUUGUUUGCAAUUAUGGUACUAUGCGAUUCUGGUGUUACUAGCUGGAUACAUGAAAAAUGCCGAGGUCUCGAUAUCUGCAUUCUCUAUAUGUCUCAACGUCUUUGCUUGGGAAUUCAUGAUCAGCCUCGGCAUUAUGGACGCUGCAAUGUACGUG